AGAGGACACGUGACUGCUGUGACAUCGUCGGUCUUUUAACUGGGUUGGAUCUAGCUGCUACCAAGUGAUUGACGUGAUUUAGCGACCGUGUGUGACACAGGAGGCAGCGUGAUAGCUAACGGGAGCCGCUUGUCAGGAGUAGGGGGCUGACUGAGAGGGUGUCACAUUUAUAGUAUCUGACUCAGUCACUGACAAGUGAACACGAUGAACAAAUGCAGGAAGCAGAUGGCAGAGCAGUUCCUGAGUCAGGCCCUGGGCAUCAUCUGCCUGCUGACCGGAGAGGAAUACACCAUUGUGAAGAAGAGACCAUCCCACAGCAGCAUUCACGAACUGAGCAGAGAGGUGCCUAUAAAGUGUGAUGAUGUUGCUGUGUAUUUCUCUAUGGAGGAGUGGGAGUAUAUAGAGGGACACAAGGAGCUUUACAAGGACAUUAUGAUGGAGACUCACCAAGCACUAAGGACUAUGGAGAUCUCAGAACCAGCAGGUCACAGUGAUGAAAAUCUAGACACAGGAGCACAAGGAGAAAUUGUACAGAAUAUUCAGCCAGUUGAGACCCGAUCAGAUGUCCCUGCAUGUGAUAUUAAUGCUGAUGUAGAUGAUCAGACAGAAGAUCUGAGUAUGACAUGUCUGCUUGAAGCUGAGGAGCAGGAAAUGCAUUACAGCAACAGUGAAGGUCGUAUGGAUGUGACGCCUUCAGAUGGCUCAUCGGUUGAGUGCGAAGAACCAUAUGUGUGUGAUCAGGUGAAGACAGAGGAGGAAGAAGUUCUCAUAAAUAUGGCUACAGCUACACACUCUCGUGCUAUCCAAGAAGAGACUGGAGACAUCUUACACAAAACGGACCUACCUAUGUUCCUCAGCUGA